UCUCGUCCCCACUCCCCGACAGCCUUCUCGCUCACCCCGCCGAGACACUGAAGACGCCCAUAGCAACAACACACCGAGACGUCGAAUAAGAUCCUCGCGCAGUCUAGCGAACUGAUUAAACGCCGCUUCUUCGUCGCGCUGACUACAGGUGAUCUGCGGAAAGGCCACGCUUCUAGCAUGGGGCGAGAGCAAGGCUCGCUAGCUUGUUUUGGAUAGCCCCCCCGAGCCCCCUCCCCAAGCCGUCCCGACUCCCGACGGAGGACUCAACGGAGUUGGGAGCGCCGCUAACCGCAAAGUCAACUAAUUGGGAAUAAAGACGGGAAUGGUGCUCUGGAUCGAGUCGCUUGGCAGACAAAGAAAGGCGAGGGGCGCACGGAGCACACCGCCGAGGUGUUCCGUUUGGACUUGAAGUGUUUUUUUUUUUCGGGAGAGGGAGCCGCUCCCCGACGGACGUGGUUUGUUUUGUGGCUAGCUGGCUAGCGAGCUCAGGGAAACGACCCCCCCACCCUCCUUUCUCCAGCGUCUCCCUGCUGCUACCUCGGCUAACAUUAGUAGCGCACACAAUACACAAAUAAGUGUGAGCAAAACGGAUUGCUGAGUGACGUUAAGAUCGAAAACACAACUCAGGAUAGCUUUGGGUGACUGUGCGACAGGUAAACUCGUCGUUAAAAGGAACCAUCAGCUCAGUCGGCCAUGUAACUUUUUUUUUACGGUUUUCUGGGACUUUUCUUCACUUCGGAUGCUGGCAUUACAAAUUAAUUACAACCAUGAUGAUCAUAAGCAGAAAGCCAGAGGGCCCAAUCGCAACAGCACGUCACGGUGAUGGACUUUACGACUCGUACAUGAGGACGGACCACAUCCUCAAGGAGGACACCGACACCAGCAGUCCUUCUGGCCUGCCCCCCAUGCCCAAGCUCACAGCGGUCAGUAACAAGGGUGUGAUGAGGGAUCAGAUAACCGUACGAGGCGGCCAGCUGAAGGUCAAGUAUCUGUACGAAGACUCCGCUAACAAUCGCAAGAUCAGUGCCAUUACCACGGCCGCACCUCAAAACGGCGGGACCAGCGCUCCGACGGCUAGUAAACCGGCACCAACCACCACCUUGCCCAAAGAUCACAGCGCUGACAGCUCCGAAUCCAGUAAAGGCUCCAAUGACAACGCUGGCUCUCAAGGAGUUGCCAAUGGCGGGAACACUACCAAGCUGUGUGGCCCCCUCACGCCAGAACAGGCCGUGAGACUGUACCGGACCCAACUGACCAGCCUUGAGCAAACCGAAAUCCACUCCUACUCCGACGUCUACUUCGUGGGACCCAAUGCCAAGAAGAGGCCCGCCGUCACUGGGGGCAGCAACAACUGCGGCUAUGAUGACGAGCAAGGCGGCUACAUCAACGUCCCCCAUGACCACCUGGCUUACCGCUACGAGUUUCUCAAGAUUAUUGGCAAGGGCAGCUUCGGCCAGGUGGCCAAAGUCUACGACCACAAAAUGCAGCAGCACCUGGCUCUGAAGAUGGUCCGCAACGAGAAGCGUUUCCACCGCCAGGCGCAGGAAGAGAUCCGCAUCCUGGAGCACCUGCGCAAGCAGGACCGCAGCGGCACCAUGAACGUGGUGCACAUGCUGGAACAUUUCACCUUCCGCAACCACAUCUGCAUGACCUUCGAGUUGCUCAGCAUGAACCUCUACGAGCUGAUCAAGCGCAACAAGUUCCAAGGCUUCAGCUUGCCUCUGGUCAGGAAGUUUGCUCACUCCAUCCUGCAGUGCCUGGAAGCCCUGAGCAGGCUCCGAAUCAUCCACUGUGAUCUCAAGCCUGAGAACAUUCUCCUCAAGCAGCAGGGACGCAGCGGCAUCAAGGUGAUAGACUUUGGCUCCAGCUGCUUUGAGCACCAGCGCGUGUACACAUACAUCCAGUCUCGCUUCUAUCGAGCUCCCGAGGUGAUCUUCGGCGCUCGCUACGGCCUGCCCAUCGACAUGUGGAGCUUCGGCUGCAUCCUUGCUGAGCUGCUGACGGGCUACCCGCUUUUCCCCGGCGAGGACGAGGGCGACCAAUUAGCCUGUGUCAUGGAACUGCUAGGCAUGCCUCCUCAGAAGGUUCUGGAGCAGGCCAAAAGAGUAAAGACCUUUAUCAACUCCAAGGGCCACCCUCGCUACUGCGGAGCCAACACCCUGCCCACAGGGGCCACCGUGCUCACGGCGUCCCGCUCCCGCCGCGGUAAGUUGAGAGGUCCCCCGGCUAGCAAAGAGUGGAGCGCCGCGCUCAAAGGUUGCGAGGACGCCACCUUUAUUGACUUCAUUAAGAAGUGUUUGGACUGGGACCCCUCAUCUCGUCUGACCCCUAGCCAGGCACUCAGACACCCUUGGCUCUAUCGCCGGCUGCCCAAAUCGCUACCUGUAGCCGAGAGGAGCCAAGGGGGCCCCACGAGGCGCGGGUCAGGCCUGGGCACCACAGCUACGAAUAACAAACUGAGGAGCAACAUGUUGGGAGAUUCCGGAGAGGCCGUACCUAUUCGCACGGUCCUACCCAAACUUGUCACUUAGAGAGGGAGCGAGAGAGUCCCACUUUAUCUCCUCUCUCCCUCCUCCCCCUCCUCCGCACUUCUCAGGAGAGGAGGCGGUGCAGGAGGAUGCGGAGUCUAGGUUUUAAAAUGGUCGCUUGUCCUUUGUUUUUGUUUUGUUUUUUACUGCGCGGUGUCGACACCCCAGUUCUGGCUUUUUGAUAUUAGCUGAGCAAAUGAGAGACGACACAAGAAGAAAAAAAAAAAAAGGUUUUCUACAGAGGAUUUCCUCGGGCGGCUGUGCAGAUUCUAUACACGGUCGUUGAUUUUGAUCAUCCUUUGUACAAAUGUGCGAGUGUUUUUAAUGUGAAUUUGUUCCCACGCGAGUGUUUUUAGUUGCCCGCACUCUUUUUAUCACUGAACACUCUGAGGAGU